GUAGCGACGACAGCCAUGGUAAAUUUAUCAUUAUCAAAACUUUAUCCUACGCUUCUUGCGACGUUGACCUAUAUCAAUCCAAUACUUAAAACGGAUGGAGAUGGACACGUAACUGACAUUCAAAUCAAUAAAGACCCAUUGCCUAAAAACCUCACUUUAGACACUUACUUGGACACGAUCAGUUUCAAGUUAUUCACACAAGAUAAUCCCACAAAUGGUGAUAUCAUAAAACUAAAUGAUGUAGAAUCCGUCCGGAACAGUCAUUGGAAUGCAAGUAGACAAACCAUUAUAAUCACUCAUGGUUGGACCAAUAGCGGUGAAAGUCCAUCUUGUACAACCAUACGUGACGGUUUCCUUAAGGUACGAGACUGCAACGUUAUUAUUCUCGAUUGGAGUGAGAUAGCAUGCGACUUGGUUUAUUCUGUCGUCGCAGAUAUCGUACCGUACGUUGCUCAACGUGCAGCUAGUUUCAUAAAUUUUAUGCGAAUUGAGGCUGGUUUGCAAACGUCCAACUUGAAAAUUGUUGGGCAUUCGUUCGGUGCUCAAAUCGCGGGCCUGAGCGCACGAGAGGUAGGAAAAUCGAGCCGAGUGGCGGAAGUUAUCGCUCUCGACCCUGCCAACGUAAUGUUUCAACUCAAAAAACCUGGUGAAAGACUUGAUAAAUCGGACGCAGAAAAUGUUCAAAUUAUCCACACAUGCGCUGGACAGUUCGGUUAUUAUCUGUCUGUUGGUACUUCAGACUUCUAUGCGAAUGAUGGAAGACAUCAACCAGGAUGCGGCAUUGACUUGUUGGGUAUUUGCGCACAUUUGCGUAGCUACAAAUUCUUCGCUGAAUCAAUUACGAAUCCGAAAGGCUUUCUCGGUACACGUGCAGAUGGUGCAACAGCAUACAUGGGUGGUGCUACCAUCGAUCCUAAUGCUAAAGGAACCUAUUACUUCAAAACUAACAGUCAGUAUCCUUAUGCUCUUGAUGGAUAACAUUAUUCUUUCAAAUAUUCAAUAUUUGGAUGUAUUUUGUACAUAUGUAUUUCAAUACUUGUACAGAUUAUGAAGGAAAUUAAAAAAUAAAUAGCAGUUGAUUUUAUCGUUUA